AUGGCCAACUGCACCGUUCUCCCCCCCGAAGUCCUUGCCGCCAACGAGUCUGGAAUCAACCUCUUUGGUCGUUGGGACUCCGCCGAUGUCGAAGUCAAGGACAUCUGUUUGACUGACUACAUCCAGAUCCGUAACGCUGUCUUCGUUCCUCACACCGCUGGUCGUUAUGCUGCCAAGCAAUUCCGAAAGGCUCAGAUGCCAAUCGUUGAACGACUUGUCAACAGCUUGAUGAUGAAGGGACGAAACAACGGAAAGAAGCAGAUGGCUGUCCGGAUCGUCGCCCACGCCUUCGAGAUCAUCCACCUUCUCACCGACCAAAACCCCAUCCAAAUCUUGGUCGAUGCGAUCGUCAACACCGGUCCCCGAGAAGACUCUACCCGUAUCGGCUCUCAAGGAACUGUCCGCCGACAGGCCGUCGAUGUCUCGCCCUUACGACGAGUUAACCAGGCCAUCGCCCUCCUGACCAUCGGUGUCCGCGAAUCCGCCUUCCGUAACGUUAAGUCUAUCUCUGAAUGUCUUGCCGACGAGUUGAUCAACGCCGCUAAGGGCUCGUCCAACUCAUACGCCAUCAAGAAAAAAGACGAGUUGGAACGUGUUGCCAAAUCUAACCGUUGA